CCAGAUAAAAUUCUAAUGUGGCGGUGAAAACACUACGAACAAUGGGUUCAAUUACCGUAGCGGUGGUAAUUUUACUAGGGUCGCUGGGGAUCACCGCUAAAACGGUGUCAAUUAUACCUCACGAUACUCAUCCAGGUUAUAGUAUAAAAAAGUUCGACUCGUAUAGCGGUAUGAAUUAUAAAUUAUUGGACUCAGGAUUUUCACAGUUUUUUACAAUGUUAGAGGACGGAUCGGUUAUGACGACGUCCGAUUUAAGUCCGUUAGUAAAUCGACCAAUAAAUUUGAUGGUGCUCGAAGAAACGCCGAACAAAACGAACACUCACAUGCUGCAAUUAUAUGUCCUGGACCGGCGGAAUAUGUUAAGUUUUAACACGGAUAAUUUCGAAGGGUCCGGACACAUGAUGGAGAAUUCUCCCGCAGGAACUCGUGUUACGGGCGUUCCUAUGCUGGCGGCAGCUAGAGGUCUUAGUUCUCUGCCGGUUACUUAUAGUAUAAUAGGAGGAAAUUUAGAUCAAGCGUUUCAAUUGCAACACGGUCAAACUUUGAAUGUGUUUUCCAAUGUAACCGUAAACAAUGGUAGCACUGGCGUUUAUAUUGUAUCCUCACAGCCCUUAGAUAGAGAGGAGAGAGAUAGGUACGUAUUGACGAUGCAAGCGGUUGACUCAAGGGGAAUAGAUAAGGCAGUGACGAAUAUCGUAAUCGAAAUUGACGACGAGAACGAUAACAGUCCGGUUUUCAGUCAGAAAGUGUACAGAUACGUCGUAGGGGAUGAUUCUCUAGAUGGAGACAACAUUACAACGAAUUGGAAACGCUUCGCUUCAAUUGGCAAAGUGGAGGCAUCCGACGCCGAUGGAGAUAAAGUAGCGUAUCGCCUUGUAACUCCUAGCAAUUUACUUGUUAUAGUUCCUCAAACCGGGGAUCUUUUAUUGACCGAAGAACCCCUCGAAGAGGUGGAGGUCGAAUUAGUUGUAGAGGCUCACGAUUUACGCAUUCCGAGUCGUAUAUCCCCGAGACCGGCUCAAGUAUUAUUCCAUUACAAACCGCCCCUUCCAGCCAAAGUGGAGCUCGAUUUAGAUUUACAACAAUUGGAGGAGCGCGAAUUGCACCGCGGGAAAAGGCGCGUGACUAGGGCUGUGAGGCCGACCAAGAGGAUCGAAUUUACCGAAUCUGACGGUGAUACGGAAGGACGUAAUGUCUUUCAGCUUGAAAAGGAGACGGAUAGGGAGACUUUUAAAAUUCGAGACGAGAACACAUGGGUUACGGUUGAACCGAAUGGGUCCGUGCGCGUGAAAAAGAAGUGGGACUAUGAGGAGUUGGGACCCGAAAAGACGAUCGACUUUUGGGUCACGAUCACCAACGCCGAGAAAGGGGGUAAGUGCUUUAAUUAA